ACUUUGGCCGGCCGCCUGGCGACACCACGAGUUAUUUCCCUGCUAUUUCCCGGCCCGGGAUCUUGGCCCCCGAACAACUGGUUUCCUCUUGGAGUCUGGGAGGAGCAGAGCAGAGCCGGCAAGAAACGAACCGGGACCAGGGGGACGCCGAGGGCAGGGGGCGCCUGGCUAGAGAGAAGCGCAGGGAAGGAAGGUAGCAAGCAGGGGUCAACUGGAGGGUCCGGAGUAGCGAGAGCCCCGAAGGAGGCCACAGAGAAAGCGAGCAGCAGCCCCGGGAGCCGGGAGGGGGCCCACAGACGACCAGAGGCCUGCGGCGUCCGGGCUCCGCGUGCCAGCGCCAUGAGGCCGCUCCUCGCUCUGCUGCUCCUGGGCUUGGCGGCCGGCUCGCCCCCGCUGGACGACAACAAGAUCCCCAGCCUAUGCCCGGGGCACCCCGGCCUUCCCGGCACGCCCGGCCACCAUGGCAGCCAGGGUCUGCCCGGCCGCGACGGCCGCGACGGCCGCGAUGGCGCGCCCGGGGCUCCGGGAGCGAAAGGCGAGGGCGGGAGGCCGGGUAAGAAGCGCCUCCGCUGGGAGGCGGGCCUCCCGGGGCCGCGUGGGGAGCCCGGGCCGCGAGGAGAAGCAGGCCCCGUGGGGGCGGCCGGGCCAGCAGGCGAGUGCUCGGUGCCUCCGCGCUCCGCCUUCAGCGUCAAGCGCUCAGAGAGCCGGGUGCCCCCGCCGUCGGACGCGCCCCUACCCUUCGACCGCGUGCUGGUGAAUGAGCAGGGACAUUACGACGCCGUCACCGGCAAGUUCACCUGCCAGGUGCCCGGGGUCUACUACUUCGCCGUCCAUGCCACCGUCUACCGGGCUAGCCUGCAGUUCGAUCUGGUCAAGAAUGGAGAGUCCAUCGCCUCUUUCUUCCAGUUCUUCGGGGGGUGGCCCAAGCCAGCCUCGCUCUCCGGGGGCGCCAUGGUGAGGCUGGAGCCCAAAGACCAGGUGUGGGUACAGGUGGGCGUGGGUGAUUAUAUUGGCAUCUACGCCAGCAUCAAGACAGACAGCACCUUCUCUGGAUUUCUAGUGUAUUCUGACUGGCACAACUCCCCUGUCUUUGCUUGAUGCCCACUGGAAAGUGAGCGCAUGCUGUCUCAAUCGAAGGGCAGGAGGGCAUGACACUGACAGCCACAUCAUCCAGGAGGGCUGGGCCCCCUGGAAUGUUGUGAAUGACCGCAGAGGUGGGGUGGGGGCCUCUCCGUUCUGCUGCCGGCAGGGGAUGGGGACAGAGGCUGACAUCAGGGCUGGCAGCACGGGGCAGUGGCUGGAUUUCUGCCCUAGACCAAAGGAGUGCUGGCAGGCAGCGUGCUGGCGGUGUGCUGGCAGGUGUGAGUCCCCGCAGUUGCUCUGGCCCAGGACCCCAAGGUGGGGUGCUCCCUUCCUAGUCCUCUGCUUCUCUGGGUCCUCCCUCAUCCCUCCUGCUCCUGGGCCCUUUUCUCAGAGAUCAUUUAAUAAAUCUUAAAACAACAACA